UGCGCUGGGUCGGCGGAGUUCGGUGCUCAGUACUCGCCGAGGCUCCGUCCCAGUCGGUGUUGCGUGACGGCGUACCGAGCUACGUGUGAACCGCACGCUCGAGCGAAGGUGUCAGUGAUUACAGCGAUAUCGUUCCGCCAAUCGCGGCCGGCUGCUCCACGUAAACGAUAAACUAUCAGUCCGCCGUUGAUUUGCGCCGAAUGAGAAUUUUUCACGGCGUCCCGAUAAUAUCGAGUGUUUUGACACGGGAUUCCGUCUAUAAUUAAAGUCCUUGCGUGAGUUUGUUGUGCUCGUGAUUCAAGAUGAGGCCGAAGGAGGAGGUGGAUACAAAGAUCCAGACGGGUGCCUUCAUCCUGUCCGAAAAGAUCGACGACACCAAGUCGAAGAAAAGUGAAAAGGAAAUGAAGAAGGAGAUGAAGAAAUUGGAGAAGGAGAAGCAGGAACGCGAGAAGAGGGAGAAGAAAGCGCGCGAAAAGGAAAAGGAGCGUGAGAAGCAAGCUAAAAAAGGGAAGGUAACAUGUGGGGCCUGCGGCGGCAAGUGCAGCGGCGAGGUGCUCCGGGUGUCGGACAAGUACUUCCACAUGGCGUGCUUCACGUGCCGCACCUGCUCCGCGUCGCUGGCGCGGGGCGGCUUCUUCUGCAAAGACGGAUACUAUUACUGCCCACAAGACUAUCAACGUGCUUUCGGCACGAGAUGCGCAGCUUGCAACCAAUAUGUAGAGGGCGAGGUUGUCUCCGCACUCGGCAACACCUACCACCAGAAAUGCUUCACGUGUGCGAGGUGCAAACGCGCAUUCCCAUCCGGGGAAAAAGUUACCUACACGGGCACCGAAGUGAUAUGCGCGGCAUGCACCAGCGCGCCGCAGAAGCACACUGCGCGCGCGGCCCGCUCGCCCGCGUCGCCCGCGCCCGUGACGCCCACGUCGCCCGUGUCUGACAACGACCGUGGCCACGAACGCGACCAGGUGGAUCAGAGGCAGCCGGAUCCUAAUGAGUGCGCCGGCUGCGGGCAGGAGCUGUCCGAGGGGCAGGCGCUGGUGGCGCUGGAGCGGCAGUGGCACACGUGGUGCUUCGCGUGCGGCGAGUGCGGCGCGGUGCUGCAGGGCGAGUACAUGGGCCGCGGCGGCGUGCCCUACUGCGAGCGCGACUACCAGCGGCUGUACGGCGUGCGCUGCGCCUACUGCCAGCGGUUCAUAUCCGGAAAGGUGUUGCAGGCGGGCGAGAACCACCACUUCCACCCGACGUGCGCCCGCUGCAGCAAGUGCGGCGACCCGUUCGGCGACGGCGAGGAGAUGUUCCUGCAGGGCGCGGCCAUCUGGCACGAAAGGUGUGGUCCAGCACCGCAGCAUCAGGAUGGUGGCGUGCGCCACACGCGAGAGCGAGUGAGACAGCGACAUGCUUGUGUUCAGUUCUCCAUGCGGUCGCGCACGCCGAGCGUCAACGGCUCCUACUGCAGCCCGUACAGUAGUCUCAAUAGGAAGUACGGCAGCGGGUACCGCGGCGCAUCGCCGGGGCUGGUGCUGCGCGAUUACCGCUGCCGCUGCUCGGCGGACGCGUCGCCGCACCGCAUCACCGCGUUCUCGUACCUCACCAGCGAGCCGGCGCGUCUGCGCGGCCCGGUCACGCCGGCCGACCGCCCGCCCGCCUCGCCGCACUUCCACCGCCCGCCCUCGAGCCUGAGCACGCGCACGAGCUCGCGGCCGGGCAGCAAGGCGUCGUCGCGGCCCGGCAUGCGCGUGCUGGUCGACUCCAUGCGCGCCGAGACGCCGCGCCCCAAGUCGCCGCAUAUGAACAAUGAGGAGCCGAUAGAACUAUCACAUUACCCAUCCGCGUACAAGCCUCCACCGGGUACCAAACCCAAGAUAGAGAGAGACGACUUCCCGGCGCCACCUUAUCCCUACACAGAUCCUGAGCGCCGCCGCCGCUGGUCCGACACGUACAAGGGCGUGCCGGAGAGCGACGACGAGGGGGACGGUGCGGAGGGUGCGGGGGGAGCGGCCAACGGGCAGCUCAACGGCAACGGGCUGCCUGAGCGGAAGCUGCGCAAGGAGGAGCAGGAGCUCGCUAAGAUCGAUUCGGGGAUCGCGCAGGUAUUUUUAAAAGAAGUCAAGGAACGUGAGAAAUUGCAGCAGUGGAAGAAACAAAACUUAGAUCCUAGGAACGCUAGCAGGACGCCGUCGGCGGCGCGCGAGGCGGCCCCGCGGCUGCGCUACUCGUCGCCGGUGGGCGCGUCGCCCUCGCGCACGCUCGACCGCCCGCGCCACCACGACUGCCACUCGCUGUCCGACCACCACCACGUGCCCUCCUACAACGUGGUGUCGUCUCUGCGGUCGGCGCCGCGGCCCGGGUACGGUCUCUCCGCCAGGUCGCACACCUUCUCCUCCAGCACCGCUGGUGACUUCACAUUCAGUGGCCUAGGAGACAAAACACACAGCACCGACUUCAGUAGCGGCAAGUCAGACAUAUCUGCCGGCUCCAUAACAGACGUGGAUAGGAGUGCUGUGACGGCGGAGGGCGGCGCGCUGGUGCGCGGCGCGGCGGGCGGCGGCGCGGCGGGCUCGCGCGCGGGCGCCGUGCGCCGCUCGCUGCCCAACAUGGCCACCUCGCACCUCGUGCACGAGCCCGCCAAGCUCUACCCCUACCACCUGCUGCUCAUCACCAACUACCGCCUGCCGCCCGACGUCGACCGGCUCAACCUGGAGCGCCACCUGUCGGACGCGGAGUUCGAGGCGAUCCUGCAGUUCUCGCGCGCGGAGUUCUACCGCCUGCCGCAGUGGCGCCGCAACGAGCUCAAGCGCCGCGCCAGACUCUUCUGAGCGCGCUGCGCUGCGCGGCGCACGGACCUUUGCUGUAAUUGCACUGUCGUUUCGACUCGUAAAUUGGUUUUGUGUUUGGGAAAUUUGGGAAUGGAAUGAAUAUACGAAACAUAAGAAAUGAAUAAUGACGACUUUAUGAAUAUUAUUCUUAAAUUCGUGGUUCUUUGAUCGAGCAGGAGCGUUUUAAUUGGAUUUAAUUAAAAUUGACGAUAAGAGAAAAAACUCAAAUCUUGAAACCGAGUAUUUGAUUGAUCUGAAGAUUUUUUUUUGGUAUCAACAAAAUAGUACUUUUUUUUAUUAAGAUGGUUCCUUUGCGAUGGAUAUUACAAAAAAAAAUAUGUAUUUCUAAAGUGGAGUGUUCAAAUUACAUUAUAGUAAUUGUAGAGUUUUGUAACGUUUUUAAAAUUAAAAAUGUAAAAAAACUUGUUGAUAUACAAGUAUCGAUAGUGCAAUUAUAUCAGGCGUUAGAUAUUUAUGUCCGGUCCCUAAAAUGAAAAUAAUUCAUUUUUCUUACGGAAACUCGUACUUUGACGUGACAUAUAAGUUGUGUCCGAAUUUAAAUGUCCGUAAGAGAAACGAAUCGUUUGCAAUUUUAUAAUGUCAUUGACUUAGUGCGGGGCAAAGUUCAAUCUACAACUACUGCCCUCGAUUCAUCUCGGGAUAAUUAAAAUAUAUAGCGAUUUAUAGAAAAAACUUUAUAAUUGUUACUUCAUGUCUCCCGUCACAAACACAGUUGUGAUGAUUUUAUUUAAUUUACAUUUUUUAUGUUGGCAAUUUGUUACGCGUAAUUUUAUCCUAUGACUUUUUAAGACGUAGCGUGGUUCUAUUUAAUUUAUGAUAGUUUUAAUCAUAGUAAUAUAUUGAUGAUAUUAUAAUAAAUUUCACAUAAUAAUGCGUGAUGUGUGAUUGACUUGGUGUAACGGUUCAUAGAACAUUCUCGACGGAUCGGCUUGCCACGUUUUCACCUCGGUGACCUCAAUUUUCGUUCGUUUGGGACAAGAAUAUAACAAAAUUGAACAGUUUGUUUUCGUUUUAGUUUCAAAUUUUUCAUCGGUAUCUGUUUCUGAAUUACAUGAUCUUUAUGAAAUAAUAUUUAUUGCACGAAAUAGUUUCUUUUUUUUUGUUUUUGUGGGAUGAUUUUAUGUUCCGAAUUUAUUUCCGCCUUAAUUGAACUGCAAUUGCAAGCCGAGAGGUCGAUUCUAGUUACGAAGUAACAUAAUAAUAUAUAAUAUACAUCGAUGCCUUGUAUGAAUGUAUAGCUAAGUAUACAGUGCGAGCGACACGUUUACUUUAGUGAGAACCAAAUAUAUAGAUAAUAUAUUAUAUUAUAUAUAUGUAAGAUUAUCAUAUUUUUGCGUUAGGUAGCUAUGUAGCGGUGCGGGAACAUUGCGUAUGGGUGUAUAUAUGUGGGCGUAACUGGCAGCUAAUUUGUCGAUGUGUGGGUUGUGUGAGAUGGCCCUUAACGCUCAUAUUUUGGCGGUAUAAAGAGCAAAUUAAAACAAAGAAAUAAAGAGUGAGAAAUUAGACAAAUAAUAAACGUUUACAAAGUAAUAUACAUAUAGUUAUUGUAAAAGUUUAACAGUAUAAACAAACUGCUAAACGAUGUCAAGUCUCAUAAUGUUUUCCGCAAAACAAGGUCAGUGUUGUUUCUUUGAUAAAAAAAAGGAACACAUCAAAAAUAAAACAUCCACUGUUUGCAUAUUUUCAACGACUUAUUAUUGUCGUUAUGAUUGUCGUUUGUUUGUAUUAAUUGGCUCUUUCCACACCUUCAAUUCACGCAGCGUUUGUGUGCGUGUAAGCUUGCACGUGUGUGCGUGUAAGCUUGGGCGUGUGUGCGUGUAAGCUUGCGCGUGUGUGCGUUAAGGGCGACGUGUACUCGUUCCUAUCGCGCGUGUGUGCGUGCGUGUGCGUAUGUGUGUUGCAUGUGAGUCGUUCGCGUAAUUACGUCGUUGUUUUUAAUUUUAUUCUAGCCAGAUAUUAUUUUGGUUGCAAUAUAUGUGUGUAAAGGGAAAUUUAGUAUUUUUUCAUACGGCUUGUGCGUUAUAUUCUAUAGUAUAAGUGAUAUAGUGUAAGUAUAGAUAGAUACAUACAUACAAUUUGAAAUGCCUAAUUCGUUACCAUUUGUCCGACUUGCAUCGUCGUCACGCCACUGGGUAUAGUUUUGCGUUCUGUGCCGAUUUUCGGAAAUGAUUUUCCGAUACAGAAGCGUUAAGUAAGAUGUUUUCCCUUCGGAAAUUCGUUUCUGAAAAAGCAUUCAACAACUAUGAUACUAAGCAGAUAUUCGUUAGACAAUGUCAAAGGAAUCCAAUUUAAAUUUAUAUUUUAGAGCUUAGAGAUUGUAUAACUCUUUAUCGUUAAUAUUGUAUAACUUUUUCUAAAUUAAUACGGCUUGUCUAGUUUGUAUGAAUAGCGAGCUUUCCAUGAACCAUUGUGAACAAAUGGAUGUGUUCUGUCUCUGUCUGCCUUUUGACCAAUACUUGAGAGUGAAGGAGACAAAACACUGUAAGAGACUACGAAGAAAAGUUGAAACGUAAACGUGAACGCAUCGGUGUCUGUUAUUCAGUGUAGAUGUCUGUGAAUACUAUCAGUGACUUUGAUGUAAAGACUAUGCUUUUAAAGUAAUUAAAUUGCAUUUCCAAGC